AUGGCUUGCGACGAACCAGCGAGAGUGGGGGAGGAGUGGGAGGAGGAGGAGGAGGAGGAGGAGGAGGAGGAGGAGGAGGAGGAGGAGGAGGAGGAGGAGGAGGAGGAGGAGGAGGAGGAGGAGGAGGAGGAGGAGAAGGGGGAGUGGGAGGAGGGGGAGGAGUGGGAGAAGGGGGAGGAGUGGGAGGAGGAGGAGGGGGAGGAGAUGCGCCAGGACUCUUGUGCCUCCCUCUCCUCGCUCCAUUUUUCCUCCUCCUCCUCCUCCUCCUUCUCCUGCUCCUUCUCCUUCACUUCCGGCGCCUCUUCCCGAGCCUCUUCCCGAGCCUCUUCCCGAGCCUCCUCCCGAGCCUCUUCCCGAGCCUCUUCCCGAGCCUCUUCCCGGGCCUCUUUCCAAGCCUGUGCCGGGCAUAGCCUCGAUUUCCGACUGGGGC